GGUUGCUGUGCUGUAUUGAGCUCCUCUUGCUGACUAUGGGGUGCUGCUCGUCUAAGCCGACUCCAGGCAAGGAAUACGCCGCCACGACGCCUGAAGUUGCCCCUUUCUUGCCGUUUGCAGUGAGUGCGAGAACUGUUAUCGACAACGCGGUGGAGGGCAUGUGCAUGGACCGAGGCGAUGAAGUGAACAAGGUGAACGAAGAGGAGCCACAGCCUGAAGAUGACGAGUCUGCGAGCAUUAAACUGCCACUGGCAAAGGCUGAAGCGGAGCUGGACGAGGUGCUCGUUCGUAGUCCUGAGAGCGCGAUGGCCGUGCAGUCGCCUCCGUCUCCACCGCCGCGGAAAACUUUCCAGAGUGCUGAUGACAUCCCGAUCUCGUCCACGUACCACCGCGUACACAGUGCCGAGGUGGCAGAGCAAGAGAAAAAGUGGCAGGAAGAGCAGCGACUGGAAGCUGAACGGCGUGAGCGUGAGGUGCAAGAGUACAAGGCAGCCACGCAAAUUGCGUAAAGUGGCGCAUCCUGCAUUGUAGCUCGUUAGGAGACC